CGGCGGCGGCGGCGGCGCCCUCCUGACAGGAACUGCUCUCCGGGCAGAAGCGGUCGGGCGCGGUGCCCGACCCAGCGGGUCUCCCGGGCGCCCGGCCACCGCCCCACCCCCCUCCGCGCCAUGGAGCCCGAGCUGGCUGCCCAGAAGCAGCCCCGGCCGCGGAGGCGAAGCCGCCGGGCCUCCGGGCUCAACGCAGACGGCGCCGCGGGACCUGCGGCCGACACCCCCAGGCCGGGGCCCGACGGCGGACAUUCCCUUCGGAGAGGUAGCUCCUUCACAUUUUUGACACCUGGCCCGCAUUGGGACUUCACUUUGAAAAGAAAGCGGAGAGAGAAAGAUGAUGAUGUCAUAAGCCUUAACAGCCUUGAUCUGAAGGAGCCAAGCAAUAAAAGAGUUCGCCCUCUCGCUCGAGUCACAUCCUUGGCAAACUUGAUCUCUCCUGUAAGAAAUGGAGCAGUCCGACGCUUUGGUCAAACAAUUCAGUCCUUUACCCUUCGUGGUGACAGCAGAUCCCCAGCUUCUGCCCAGAAGUUAUCGAGCAGAUCAACAGUCCCCACGCCUUCCAAAAGGAGAAGCAGUGCGCUGUGGUCCGAGAUGCUGGACGUCAACACGAAGGAGUCUUUAAGCACCAAAGAGAUCAGACGUCAGGAGGCAAUAUAUGAAAUGUCCCGGGGUGAACAGGAUUUAAUCGAGGAUCUCAAGCUUGCAAGAAAGGCCUACCAUGACCCCAUGUUAAAGCUGUCUAUUAUGUCAGAAGAGGAGCUCACCCAGAUAUUUGGUGAUUUGGACGCUUACAUACCUCUCCAUGAAGAUCUGUUGGCAAGAAUAGCGGAAGCAACGAAACCUGGUGGAACAGUGGGGCAGAUUGGUCACAUUCUGGUGAGAUGGCUGCCGGGCUUGAACGCCUACCGGGGCUACUGCAGCAACCAGCUGGCAGCCAAAGCGCUCCUGGACCAGAAGAAGCAGGACCCGAGGGUGCAGGACUUCCUGCAGCGGUGUCUCGAGUCUCCCUUCAGUCGGAAGCUCGAUCUGUGGAGCUUCCUAGACAUUCCUCGAAGUCGCCUGGUCAAAUACCCUCUGCUAUUGAAAGAAAUUCUGAGACACACUCCAAAAGACCACCCUGAUGUUCAGCUUCUGGAGGAGGCUAUACUGAUAAUACAAGGAGUUCUCUCUGAUAUCAACUUGAAGAAAGGCGAAUCGGAAUGCCAGUAUUACAUUGACAGGCUGGAGUAUCUGGACGAAAAGCAGAAGGACCCUAGGAUUGAAGCAAGCAAAGUGCUGCUGUGCCACGGGGAGCUGAAGAAUAAAAGUGGACACAAACUUCACAUAUUCCUGUUUCAAGACAUCUUGGUUUUGACGCGGCCUGUUACCCGAAACGAGCGUCACUCUUACCAGGUGUAUCGGCAGCCGAUCCCUGUCCGAGAGCUGGUGCUAGAAGACCUGCAGGAUGGAGACGUGCGAAUGGGAGGCUCCUUUCGAGGCGCUUUCGGCAACUCAGACAAAGCCAAAAAUAUCUUUCGAGUUCGCUUCCAAGACCCGUGCCCAGGCCAGUGCCACACCCUGCAGGCCAACGACGUGUUCCACAAGCAGCAGUGGUUCAACUGCAUCCGCACGGCCAUCGCCCCCUUCCGGCCGCCCGCGGACGGCGAGGAGAACACGCCCGCUGCCGGGAACGGCACCGCCCCGGGACGGGCCUCCAGCGUGACCCGGGUGGAAGGCGAUGGCGACGGGGAUGCCCCGGAGUGCAGCUCCCCGGGGCGCGUGGCCGUUGACGCUAAGGGUGGGAGAGCGCCGCAGACACGGCCCGGCUUCCGGAGAGCAAGGGACGCGGCCCAGGUCGGGGGCAAACGGAAAGAGACUUUGGUGUAAAGGGAGUUCCGUGUGUUAACUGGCAGAGAGACUGUUUAUUUAUAAAUGUGUACAGUUUGUUUUUUCUUGUAAUGUGAGCGCGGGGGCAUCACAGGGCUCCUUACAACCGGUCCCAGCAUUUUCUGGUUUGGGGUGGCUUUGGUGGCUGUCCCCCCACCCUUUUAUUUUUUUAAUGGCAGCUAAAGAUAUACGCAGAUUACUGUUAACGUAGUCCCCCCCCUCCCCUUUUUUUAAGAUGUUUUUCUCAGAUUAUUUAGAAUGUGCAAGUCUGGUAUUUUUAAUCAAAUGAAAUAUUUAUGAAAUGGAUUUUCUCUUUAUUCUGCAUUCAUCAUGACUUUCUAAUAGCAACCAAUUGUGAUAUUUACAAUAUUUGCCCAAACCUAAAGUUUUGCAAAUACUGGAAUUUUACCAGUGGAUCUUGGAUAAACUUUACAUGCACCUAAAAUCUAUGUGGAAUAUGUUUGUAAUAUUGCAGAACUUACACUGAACGUAAAUUCCUUGGAAAACAAACCAUAAGACUUAAGUUUUCCAUUUUAUCAACUGGAACGCUUUAUAUUUGUUUUUCACUGCACAUUCCUCAUUUUUCACUCAUUUAACCUGCCAAGUAUUUAAUUUUUUUUUAAUUUGUAAAGUAGUUUUUAGUAUUUGCUUUUAUUUUUUUACUUCAA